AUGUCUCGGAGCUCCGUGAAAGAAGACCUUGACAACGGCGUUCGGGAUUCCGAAACUACGUUGCAGCUGGAGCGCGUCGCCUUAGAGGAUUGGGAAGAACAGCGUUGUCAGGACUCCGAUGCCAAAAACGGCCUUCGGCGAAUUUCGGAAUACCGCAAAAACAGACCCAGACUUCUAUUGCUGGCUCAGAUUCUUCUUUGCAUAGUUGUGCCUUGUUUCGUAAUUGCCUUGUGCUUGGGCAAGGUGGAAUUCGGGAAAGAGCUUCUUCAAUCACACGACACCAAAAGCGAUAGUGACAACACGGUUUCGUGGCGUCUUGAUACCCAGAAAAACUACACGAUUGAUCUGGACUACUGGAAAAAUCAGAGUCCAGGCGUGGAGCGUCAUUACUACUUAAACGUAUCAACAGUCGCAGAGGUCGCUCCAGACGGCAUCGUGCGAAACGUCACUGUCAUCAAUGGUCAGUAUCCUGGUCCUCUGAUCGAAGCCAACGCUGGCGAUACGUUGUUUUUGCACGUUCAAGCACAGGGCAUACCGACCACAAUUCACUGUCAUGGCCUUUUUUUCAACAAAAACGAAAGCUUUUAUGACGGAGCGGCGUUCAUCAACCAAUGUCCCAUCGACGCCAAUAAUGGAACGUUCGACUACGAGAUUCAUCUGGAUGAAAAUCAAAGCGGCACGUACUGGUAUCAUUCUCAUUAUGGCACCCAGCAGGCCGACGGCGUUUUUGGACCCUUAGUCGUGCACUCGGCUCUGGAACGUCAGCUCAUUGGCGACGACUACGACGCCGAAGUAGUAGUGAUGGUCAACGACUACUACCACGAUACUGCCAAUGCAUACCUUGCAGAGUACUUGGGGCCCGACAAUGAGAAUACCGAGCCCACUCCAGAUGGUGGCUUGAUUCAGGGCACCAACAAUUUCAAGUAUGACUCUGCAACUUACGUUGUGCCCAAUGGUAACUCCAACGACCAGCAUACGGCCAAACAAUUUGACCCACAGGCCCAAGCCGUGCUCCAUUUUGACCCACACAAGAAAUAUCGCAUUCGUCUUAUCAAUGCUGGUUUUUUCGCACCGUUCAACUUUGCCAUCGACCACCAUAAGCUGAAAAUGGUUGAAGCGGACGGCACUGUCACCGAGCCAUUAACUCUCGAGUCAAUAGACCUAUCUGUUUCUCAGCGAUAUUCAUUUAUCUUGGAGCCUCAGGACACCAAAUUAUCGCAAUAUUGGAUGCGCGUCAGAUUCAAUGGGUUCUGUUUAGCCGAGAGUAAUCCUAAUCUCGAUACGUCAGUUAGUGCUAUUAUCAGCUACGAAAAAUCAGCUGAAGUGAUUCCUGACAGCGAGAGCUGGCCCUACAAUGGUGGUGACGUACGUUGUCGUGAUUUUGAUCAAACUCAGAUCAAGACACUUGACGGCCAGGUUCCAAAAGUUCAAAAUGGUUCCAAUAGACCUGAUAUCAUGAUAGACUUAGACGUUGCGUUUUUGAUCAAGGCAAAUCAGCUUGAUCGUGGUUACUUUAACGACAUGACCUAUACGCCGCUUGCCCAAUCGUCUACCAUGAAUGAAUUAGCGACAACCCCGAAUGACAACCAAAUAAGACUACUGGAAAACCCACAGCUGGAAAGUAAGAAUGAGGGUCAGUACUUGAUCAAUUUGGAUAGCCGUGGCACCAUCGUUGACCUUAUAAUAAACAAUUACGAUGACGGUGCUCAUCCUUUCCAUCUACAUGGACAUAAAUUUUGGGUUUUGGCAAGUGCUGACCGUGGAUAUUUUAGAAAGUCUUUUUAUGACAACGAGAGUGGCGAAAUGGAUUUUACCAAUCCAAUUGCGAGAGAUGUCUUGAAUGUAUCUGGUUUCGGCUACGCUGUUAUAAGAUUUGUUGUCGAUAACCCUGGGGUAUGGCCUUUCCAUUGCCAUAUAGGAUGGCACAUGGAAAGUGGGCUGCUACUACAAGUCAAUGAGCUUCAAUCAGAAUACUCAACGUGGUCACACAUUCCCUCGGCAUGGAACGAAUUGUGCCAAGCCCCUGAGGAUAUUGGGUUAUGA